AUGCCAUCGUCUACAGAUUUCAAUCGCACUGGACGCGUUACGGUAGCGCUGACGAUCUUCUCCGUCGUCCUGACUACUAUUUGCGUGGUGUUGCGCUUUGCUGCGCGGCGAAUCAAGCAUGCACAACUAGGCCUAGAUGACUGGUUUGCUUUCAUGGCCGAGGUCACAUUUUGGGCCUUCUGCGCUGAUAUUCUGGUUGGUGUCUAUACUUUGGGGGCGGGCCAGGUUUAUCCAGAUCCAGCAGAGGCCCGCCGGAAAUAUGUGCAAUACUUGCAGUCCCAGUAUGCCCUGGUUCCACCGUACAUCUUGAGCGUCACGCUCAUGAAACUGUCCAUCCUUUGUCUCUAUCGCCGCAUAUUUGCUGUUCCCACCUUCUGCAAGAAGAUCAACUUCGCUAUGGCGAUUUGCCUGCUUUGGUUCGUGGCUUCUCUAACGGCCUCGCUGCUUAAUUGUUGCCCAAUCCAAUACUUCUGGGACAAGACUGUUGUGGGGUCGUGCAUCAACUUUCCCGUCUUUUUUCUGGCUACCCAAUUGGCCGACUCCAUCAUCGACCUUGCUGUCAUCGGCCUUCCCAUACCCACGAUCCUCCGGCUGCAGUUGAGUAUGCGCAAACGACUAGCCCUGGUGGCACUUUUCUUGCUUAGUGCCUUGUGA